GUCAGGAAUGUCUUGACCAGGGGCUACUAGUUGUAUCCUUAUAAAAUGAGUUCAGAACAUUUAUGUCAAGGACGUCAAAUAGGCGCCGAUUCCUAUGCGUAAAUAUGAUACUUGAAAUAUGAAUUCACAAAUUUUGAUAGACAGUUUGUGAUUUUGCAUUGAUGCGCUUGUUACAAAACAGCUAUUCUGAAAUGGUAUUGUGUUAUGACAUAAUACAUGCAGUAGUUGCAAUCAAUAUACAGUUCGUCAAUUUAUAAUCCAUUACCCCAGAGGGAAGUAUGACAAUGUUUUGAGUUUUGUCACUCCGAAACAGUAGAAGGCGCUAUACACCAAUGGAAUGCAGGUGUUUAACCGGUGACCCAAAUGUUGACGCAAGGACAGUCGAAACAUGACUCGAAAUUUGUUUUACCGAGCUGCUAAUAUUGUCCAAUUCAACAGGUUUACACAUCUAGCUGGGUCAAGGUUACUUUGCACGCAAACUCAAGCAGAGCCACUGACUGUCAGACAGCAAAACAAUGGAAUAAGGAGAAUAACCCUGAACAACCCCAAGAAGAGGAAUGCCCUGUCUCUGUCCAUGCUGGAAUCACUGAGAGGCAACAUCCUGGCUGACAUCGACAGCGAAGACCUCAGAGUCAUCGUCAUAUCAGCUAAGGGACCAGUGUUCUCCUCUGGGCAUGACCUGAAGGAGCUGACGUCAGCACAGGGCAGAGAUUACCACACCAAGGUGUUUCAGGCCUGCUCAGAGGUUAUGACCCUGAUACAAGACAUUCCCGUGCCUGUGAUUGCCAUGGUGAAUGGGGUUGCCACAGCAGCAGGAUGCCAGCUUGUUGCCAGUUGUGACAUUGCCGUGGUGACGGAGAAGUCCACCUUCGCCACGCCAGGGGUCAACGUGGGUCUGUUCUGCUCAACACCAGCCGUGGCAAUAGGAAGAGCUGUCCCCAAGAAGGUUGCCAUGGAGAUGCUGUUCACAGGAAGCCCGAUCUCGGCCCAGGAUGCUUUGAGGCACGGGCUGGUCAGUAAGGUGGUUCCUGAGGAGCGUCUAGAGGAGGAGACGUUAGCCAUCGCACGGCGGGUCUGUCAGGCCAGCCGGCCCGUUGUAGCCCUUGGCAAGGCCACCUUCCACAGACAGAUGGCCCAGGGGCGGGAUGCGGCCUACGCUACAGCCUCUCGUGUCAUGGUGGAUAACCUCGCUCUCAGAGACGGACAGGAGGGGAUACGGGCCUUCAUAGAGAAACGGAAGCCUGUGUGGACAAACAAAGCAGAGAAGGCCAAUGACGAGUGAUGUCUGCUGGGCUGGCCUACCAUGGCCUGUGAGGGGUGCACGCGCUGGUGAGGGGUGCUUGGCCUGCUCGAACCAGGGACCCUCUGCACACAUCAACAACUGACACCCUCAAAGCACCGUUACCUAUCGCUCCACAAAAGCCACAACUACUUCAAGGUCUCAGAGCGAGUGACGUCAUCGAUUUAAACGCUAUUAGCGCGCACCCCGCUAACAUGCUAGCCAUUUCACAUCAGUUACAUCAGCAGCUUCUGGAAUGGAGAGGGAGCAUGUGGAUGGCUGAGGUGUUAAACUCGACCCCAAUUGGACCAGAACCCAUCACAGAACACACAAGUGCUCGAGGAGGACAUUUUGAAAUUAAAUCCCUGUUGAGUAUUGUAGUGAUCAUCUGAUGAAGGGAUACUGCAGGGCUGUCUUCAUAUAUGCUCAUAGGAGGGGGUGAGGUGAAGGGUCUUGGAAAGGUAGAUACUUGAGAUGCACCCAUGGUCAAGGGACUCACACAGGACAUAGAUUGGGAACUUCUGGUGAGACAGAAUGUAAAUGUUUCAAGGGGCAAUCUGCAUUUGAAACAAUUAAAAGGCGAUCACUCCGCCACUGAUUUGGUAAAAAGCUGAUGGAUGGGACUGGAGAAAUGUAACCACUCUAAAAUUCAUAGACAGAGCUAUGGAUGCAAGGACUGACCGUCUAUGAGAUACAAAUGUGUUUUGAGGCUAUACAUUGUUUACAAAGACGUUAAACAAGCUUAUAUUUGUGUUUCUGAUAGGGUACGACAAUAGAACUAAGCUCAUGAGGAAUGUGUUAAGUUUUAUUCUUCAAAAAUCAAUUGGGUAUAUAAAGUGCAUUCGGAAAGUAUUCAGACCCCUUGACUUUUUCCAAAUUUUGUUAUGUUACAGCCUUAUUCUAAUUGAAUCAAUAUUAAUCAACAUUGUUUUUCCUCCCUCAUUGAUCUACACACAAUACCCCAUAAUUACAAAGAAAAACAGGUUAUAAUUUUUUGCAAUUGUAUUAAAAAUAAACUGAAUUAUGACAUUUACAUAAGUAUUCAGACCUUUUACUCAGUACUUUAUUGAAGAAGCUUUGGCAGCGAUUAGAGCCUCGAUUCUUCUUGGGUAUGACGCUACAAGCUUGGCACGCCUAUAUUUGGGGAGUUUCUCUGUAGCAGGUUUUCAUUAAGGAUCUCACUGUACUUCGCUCCGUUCAGCUUUCCCUCGAUCCUGACUAGUCUCCCAGUCCCUGCCACUGUAAAACAUCCCCACAGCAUGAUGCUGUCACCACCAUGCUUCACCGUAGAGAUGGUGCCAGGUUUCCUCCAGACGUGACACUUGGACUUCAUGCCAAAGAGUUCUGUCUUGGAUUCAUCAGACCAGAGAAUCUUGUUUCUCAUGGUCUGAGAGUCCUUUAGGUGCCUUUUGGACAAACUCCAAGCAGGUUGUCAUGUGCCUUUUAAUGAGGAGUGGCUUCCAUCUGGCCACUCUACCACUCUACCAUAAAGGCCUGAUUGCAGAGAUGGUUGUCCUUCUGAAAGGUUCUUCCAUCUCCACAGAGGAACUCUGUCAGAGUGACCAUCGGGUUCUUGAACACCUCCCUGACCAAGGCCUUUCCCUCAGUUUAUUUUUCUAGGAUUAAUCUUGGUAGUUCAUCAUUCGGGAGCCCACUGUGUUCUUGGGGACUUUCAACACUGCAGACAUUUUUUGGUACCCUUCCCCAGAUCUGUGCCUCGACACAAUCCUGUCUCGGAACUCUACGGACAAUUCCUUUGACCUCAUGGCUUGUUUUUUUUUCUCUGACAUGCACUGUCAGCUGUGGGACCUUAUAUAGACAGGUGUGUGCCUUUCCAAAUCGUGUCAAAUCAAUUGAAUUUACCACAGGUGGACUCCAAUCAAGUUGUACAGUAGAAACAUCUCAAGGAUGAUCAAUGGAAACAGGAUGCACCUGAGCUCAAUUUCAAGUCUCAUAGCAAAGGGUCUGAAUACUUGUGUAAAUAAGGUAUUUAAAAUAAAAAUGUAUUUGUAUACAUUUGAAAACAUUUCUGAACCCGUCAUUAUGGGGUAUUGUGCGUAGAUUGAUUUUAAUCACUUUUAGAAUAAGGCUGUAAUGUAACAAAACGUGGACAAAGUUGAGGGUUCUGAAUACUUUUCAAAUGCACUGUAUAUUUCUGAAUUUAAGUGAAAGACAAUAUAUGUACCAUUCAAAUUACCUCUAAUGUAUUAAACAAAAAUAAAAUACAUUUACUAAAGAA